AUGUUAUUGCAAAACAUUCUUCUUCUUCUUCCGGUGUUAAUUCAAUCUGAAUAUGUGGCUAACCAACAUGAUCGUCGCCUGAAGAAAACAGUAAUUCCACCUUAUCAAACUGCAGUGACUUUACUUAACAAUGAUAUUGUGGGUAAAUUAAUGAAUAUUCAUUCAAUACGUGGUCAACGGCAACUUUCAACUUUAUCUAACGGACUCUACUGUACAGCUCAACAAAUCUUUACCAAUCUUGAACAAGCAACAUCAGCUAAUGAUGAACUUAAAGAGGAACUGGAUAGUACAACUGUUGAACUUGCUCGUCGAAUUUCUCAAACGGAAGAUGAAAAGAAACGAAUUCAACAAAAUUUUGUUGCAUUACAAGGAAAAAUCUCAUCUCUUCAAAACGCAAUUUACAUAGCAGAACGAGCCGUUAACGAUAAAGAAGAAGAUUACAGAGCAGCACAACGCGCCCAUCAACAAGCAGAAGAAGCACUCGAUGAUGCUCAUUAUUGUAUACGAAGAAAACGUCGUUGGACAUGGUUUGAGAGAAAUAUUUUAGAACCUCUAAACGACGUUGGAGUAGCUGUUUGGAGAGGGGCUUGCAGUAUUGUCAAUAGUGGAGGAAUUAGUAAUGCAGAACAUCGAGUCUCAGUUGCAAGAACAUCUCUUGAUGAAGCUAGAAAUUCCUUGACAAAUCAUCGGAAUCAACUCUCAGUGGCAUACAAUGUAAAAACCAGUGUUGAAUAUCAAUUAUCAAGUAUUAAUCAUCGAUUAGUAAUACAAAAUGAAUAUCUUGAAGAACAACGGGCUGAACAUACAUUGACAAUCAAACUUUCCGUUCGAUUCAAAGAAAUUAAAGUUCAUUUGAACACAAUCUCAAUUCCGUCUGAAGAGUUACUCAAGGAACUGAAUAUGCUUAUAGCUUUUGAUGAUCUUAUCAAACCAUUAAAUGAAAUCUAUAAAGAACUUUCAAGUGAACAUCUUAUUGAGGAUGAAACUUUGAAAAUUUCACCUAGCCAAGUAAAAGAAACUACGAGAAAAUUAAAAUGGCUUGCAAAGAAACUACCUCUAGUAGAUUUGUUGCACAAUCAAUUGCAAAGACCCUGUGACUUGAAAAACAAUGACUCAAUUACAUAUGACAACGAAAUUGAAUCAAAUCAAACAAAUUGGUCACAAGAAGGUGAUCAAGAAGCAUCAGACAACGAGACAUUUCUGUUUGAUUGGGACAAUACAAAAGAUAUAUUAAUGCCUGGAUCGAAUUUUGAUGAAACAACCGACAGUGAGGCACUUCCGUCUGAAGGGGACAAAACGACAGAUUUUACUAUACCUGAGCCGAAUACUUUUACAACAGAUGACUACAAAAGCAUGUUGUCGAAUUGGUACACUGUACUACAGGAAAUAGCAACUGAAUUGAAUUCUGAAACACUAAGCGAUGAUGGCAGACGUUUUUUCGAGAUGACUAAAUCGAAGAUAGAAGCACAGAUUAAAACGGUACGAGAACAUCUUGCUAAAAACAAUCUCAAAAUAGGUAUAAUGGAAAUAAACAAAGAAGAAAUAAUUUAUUUAGGUAGAACAACCAAUGAAUUGGAGACGACUGAUUCAGAAGCUGAAAUCAGUAAACUUCGAAAAAGAUUCAUGGUUGAUAAACAAUUUGAAAAUACAAUGGUUACUGUGCCACUUACAAUUUAUCUUCUUGGAAAAUUGAUGGUUCAGUCAAGUCUAGCUGAUUUUUCUUUACGCAGAUUUAGAGACGAUUGGCCAUAUAAACGUAUUCAAAGUCCAGAAUCAUUUCGAGCAACUCUAGCACAAAUCGCCAAUGACGGGUGGAAUGCAUUUAUGGGUGCUCAUUCAGCUAUGAAUAAAAUUCAAUUGAAUAUGCAACAAAUACCACAACAUCUUCGCACUGCUCGCAGAAUUAUUAAAGCAGAUAUUUCGUAUGGAUUACUCUCACGUCUUUUGCCAAAAACCCUCCGACAUGUCACUCGAAUAGGAGACGAAUGCAAAACUUCGUCGGCAAACGCUAGCAAUGUUUUUCACGAUGUUUAUCUACUUCUAACGGAAGUUGAGGUAGCAACAAUUGCAUCAGAAAUAGGAUAUGCAACGGAACGAAAGAAAAUCCACAACGAAUACAAUAAUACACGUAUAAUUAUGGCAGAAAAAGAAAAAUUAAAGAAAGAUCUUGAUCAAGAAUUAGCUGAAGCAAAAACACUCGUACAGAACGCUCGACACGAACUUUCGAACGCUUUGGACAAAAUACCAACUGGUUUCGAUGCUAUUAUAAACGAAUUGUGCUAUACUGUUAUCGACUUCAUAGGUGAUAUUGGUAGAGCAAUUAGUGGAAGACGGGGAUCUAUCGAUGGCUCAAGCAUGAGUGGAGGAGGUCCAAAUACCGUAUCUGCUGCUGUUAAGGAGAUGGAGAGUUGUGUAAAAGGAUUUGGUAAAGGUCUUAAAGUGUUUAUUAAAGAACUUGCAAAAAAGAAAGGUAUUUCAUUGGAUACACUCUCUCAUUUCAAAACGGGUUUCGAUAUGUGGUAUAAUAUAACUCAAAACGUAGCAUACAAUGAAAAGAAGGAUCAAGCAGCUCAAUUAAUCAAUCGUGGAAUCGAUGCAAUUAUGCGAAUGAUUUCAUCCGUAAAAAAAGGUCGUGAUGUCAAAAACGAAAACAAACAACAAUUCAUUGUAUUACGUAGUGAUGUUGAAAAAUUUCUGGCACAGCAAGCCUCAACUACUAAUAAUAAUCCAGUUUCAAAUUUCAAUGCACCGAAGGAGCGAGCAACAGAUAAAAACCCCAAAUUCAUUGUUGCUGUACAUCAACAAGAACUACGUUAUCUUGAAAAAACCUACGAAGACCGCUACAAUGCUUUUCGCAAAUUGAACGACGAGGUUAGUGAUAUGAUUGGGAGAAUGGUUCGUCUCGACUCCGAUGAAAUUCAAUUUAAAGAUAUUCUUGAAGUCUUACAUACAGCAGUUAAACUUCUUGCUGAAAUUAAAACAAAUUGGAAUCAUCUUACUAUUUUCUUCAAAACCAUCGCUCAAGAAAUUGCACUAUCCGUAGAUUCUAUCCUUGCACCUGUAUUGGACCAUGCAGAAGGAGCGAUAUCUCCGAUUAAAGAAGAACGAGAUCACACUCCUGCUGAAUGGGCCGUCAACUGGAAUGGUAUCGGAAGAAGUAAUAAUCCCGCUCAUGGUUAUGCAUAUGCAUGGAGAGGUACUGGUAUCUCUGAGGAAGAAAAACAGCAAUUAAUAUCGAAAAUUGAAUCUCAACCGGCUAACGAAGUUUAUGCCGCGUUACUUGCUCGACCAGCUCCAAAAAUAAGCUAUUAUGGAACCUGUGCAGUUGGAAUAGUCAAAGGAAUGCCUACAUUUUGGGUUGAUGGAAUGUAUGGUUCUGUUGGACAUUCAGGUUAUCCAAAAAAUCCUGUGUCCAAAGAUGGAACUGGACAUUUAGAAGGUUGUUAUAACGAGCAUCAAAUAACUGGUCUUUGUUCUUAUUCGGAUGUGGCAGAAAGAGCAAAAGAGACGCUUCUCAAUGCUGUUAAAAAUGAUGUUUGUACUAACUAUUACAAUAUUAAACAGCUUAUUGGAACUAUUUCUCAAAAUAAUCCGUCACUUCCAGUAACAGGAACAGAUGACAUUAAAGCUCGUGCCAAGAAGUUUCUCUCUGAAGUCGGUCUUAGAAUACCACCUGCUGGUAAAGGCGAUCAAUGGAUAACUUUGUGUGAAUUAAAGGUGUAUAUUAAGGAGUCUGGCUUGGAUAGUAUUACAAAAACAGAAACGUGUACAAAGACAGCUAAAGGUGUAAUCAAGGAGAUACGUGUCAAAGCCAAAGAAAAAUGGCGUUGUGAAUAUGAGACACAAUCCUAUGCAUCGGAUACAAUGAUCAAUUCUAAGAACAAGAUCAAUAAUCAAUAUAAUGAUGCCAUCAACUUGGCAAUAAAAGUAAACGAUAAAAUAACCGCUGAUCACUUGAACACAAUGAAAGAUCAACAUGUGCAAAAUCUUGAAGCUACUAUCAAUCACGAUACAGCUAAACUUACAGCUAGAGUUACCAGUGCACCUCGGUGGGGUGGAGGUGCUAUUUGUAAUCUUGUACUUGAAGGACUCGUCAAUGAACUCUUCUAGAUAUCCUAUUUAUUAUCCUAUUCUUGUAUAACCAAUAAUAUCAAUUAACAAUAAAAUGAUUUUAGCAUUUUUAAAGGAGGAGGGUCGUUAAGCACACAAAUCCCAGCACACAGGCCCAUUAAAAAAUUCCUUUUUUUUAUAUCCGAAAUGGUACUGUUCGACGCCCUGAAUUCAGUAAGGUUCAAUACUAGCCGUUCCACCUCAUUUAGAGAGUGCGCAGACUCGAUUUAGCUCAAUAUUCUUCAUAGGCACUUUUACGACAUUUCAGACGAUACUUUUGGCUAUUUCGUUACAGAAAACAUAUCGGUCCAGUUUAGAUUUAAGCCCGAAAGAUAGAGCUUUCUAAGCUCUACAUUUUAACAUAAAAAUGUUCAAUGAAAAAAAUGAGCGUCUUUUAGAUUUGGGUGCCAUAGUGGCUGAAAAUGAUAAUUACGCGCGCGUAUCGUUCCAUUAGAAAAAACGAACUUUUGCCUCAGGUGUUUAGAAAGCUGAAACUUUCAGGAUUCACUAUUGGUCUAACUAGGAAUCAAACAGCGGUGUCCAAAAACUUUCAUGUUCAACAUUUUCAAAAAACAGUUUUCGCUGGAACUCCAUAGAAACCAUACAAGGAGCGAGCAAACAAUGAAACUAUCUCAUGCUUCAUCUCGAGACCUGAAAUUUCACGCCCAAACAGGGUUCGGUGAGAUAAAUUUACUGUACAAAUCUCAGCUUCACAGAAGCGAACAUGACCGCGAAAUGCAUCCUAGACUACCACACUUUUGACCUUUAUCAGAAGCAAAAUGCUCGAAAAAUGAAAUUCCACUUAGAAAGCUGAAAAUUGGCGCCCAACUAGGGUUCAAUGAGCUCAUUCCACAUUAGAAAUUUCAGCUUGGCAGAAGUGAACACAGCUGAGAAAUUCAUGCCACAAUAUCACGAUCACGAUUUUGACCGAUUUUCACAGUUUCCAGCCAAACGGUCAAAAAAAUGAAUUUCGACUUGGAGAUGUGAAAUGACCCGCCAAAACAGGGUUUCAUGAACCCAAUUUGCAGUAAAAGUUUCAGCUUUCCAAAAGCGUGCACGAGCGAGAAAUUCAUGACAUAAAAUGUUAAUUUUGACCAUUUCCCUAGAAACGUCAAAAAAAGGGGUGGUAGGUUAGUAUUAGUAUUAGUAUUUAAUAACGCUUA